AUGCUCUCAAUCAACAAGUUUUCACGUUCCUCUCGGACUUCCAUCGUCUUCUCAUUUUGUAAAAGAUUCCAAAGCACAGGACCGUGCCAAAAAGAUGCCGGUCUUUUGCGCCACGAUUACAAGGAGGCAGUCAGAGCUGCCCGAAAAGACUAUGCCGCAGAAGCUGAAUCAGCCAUGAAGCACAGUGAAGAAGCAUCCGCAAGAUUGAAGGAUACUGUGCAAAGACAUCGUGCAGCAGUGAAGCAGAAAAACGAAAGAGUGGAUAUUCGAGUCCCGGGAAUUGCUCCCGAUACUUACCCUCUGCCAGAUCCCGACGCAGAGUUGCACAACCAAAUGAAGCAGGAUAACAUUUAUAAAAAGGAGUAUAAUUCAAAAAAGGCAUUGGUUAAACAGUUGGCGAAGAUUUACUUCGCCGACAGCAAAAAAUACGUUGUCGACAUGAACGGAUUAGAAAACUUAAUCAAUCACGCUUUUAAUAAUCCAAAUGAUGUUUUUGUUUCCCUUCCUACCAAAGACGAAUCAGAUUCUUCUAGCAUCUUUUUGAAUGGUUCAGAUUCCAACACGAAUGAGGACAUCAUGAACCAUGCAGCAGAAACAGUGAUGGAUCAACUAUUCUCACGUAAACUAUCGUCGACUACAGCUAAUGAAGAUAAUCAAAACUUCCGUUAA